UGAAAUUCCUCUUUCUACUUUUCGUGCCUCCCCUCUCUCGUCCACUACUGUGAGUUGACUUCGUUUUUUUCCCCAUAAGCCGUAUCGACGAAAUCUCCAAUCCAAUCAGAAUUUUGCUUCACCCUGAUCUUGAACUAGGCCGGCUCUCUGCACCGCAGCUGCUGCAUCCCUCGCAGGUAAAGGGGUAUUCUUUUUGCGAUCCCAAAUCCAUCCGUCGUAGGUUGCAACUCUCAUAUGACAUCCGCAUGCAAUUGAAUUUUGCAGCAAGAAACUGAAAGAUCAGAAUCAAUGGAAUUGGAGGCCCCGGUAGUCGAAGCAGAUCCAGCAAGAAGCAGAGGAGGCGAUGAGGAGGACACGCUUGGGGCACCCCUCUUGCCCUGCCCCAACUGCGACGUCCAGGUGGUGCACAAGCUGGCGCAGCUCCUGCUGCCCGGCCUCGCCGCCGCGUGCGUCGACAGCACCUUGAGGAACCCCUCCUCCUCGCUCGCCGUCCAGCUGCGAGCGGAGCUCGUCCACUACAUCGCGGACAGGAGCAGCAGCCCGCCCGAGCUCCCGACCGAGGCGGGCGACGAUCCUCCGCCCGAUCACGACGACCCGGCCGAGGCGCUGGCCACGUUCCUGGACGACUUCGCGAGCAGCAAGAGGAGCAUCGUCGUCUCCAUCUCCGGCUGGCUGCCGUACCUGGGCGGCGACGACGGCCGCGACGACAGGAUCGACGACCUCGUCCAGGAGAUGGAGGCCACCCGCUUCUGGCCGAUCGACCGGCGCGAGGCCGUCGCCCGGGACCUGCUCCGCAGCCUGGACGCCGUGUCCACCGGUGGUGCCGGAAGUAAGUUCCGGUGCCGCGACGAGCUGGAGACGGCGGAGAAGCUGGCCGACCACGUCGCCACGCGAUGCCGCUUCAGGCCCGUGCGGUGCCGGAACCUGGUCCAGGGCUGCAUGGCCGAGGUCUCCGCCUGCCGCGCCGAGGAGCACGACGCGGCGUGCGCAUUCAAGAUCAUCCCCUGCGAGCAGGGCUGCGGCGCCACCGUCGCCAGGCGCCAGAUGGACCGGCACUGCGUCACCGCGUGCCCCAUGAAGCUCGCCAACUGCCCCUUCUACCUGCUCGGCUGCGAGUCCGCCUUCCCCGCCUGUAACCUCGGCUCACACUGCGAACAGUUUGUCAGAACCCACCUCCGGCUACUCCUUGAUCGCAACCAGAUAACCACCAUGGCUGAUCGUCAGGAUCUGGACCUGGAGGAGCGUCUUGCAACGCUGGAAAAGUCUGACUCUCAUGGUACCUUGCUCAAAGCUCUGGAUGUGAGGGCUCUUACGAGUGCUCUAGCGGAGCUGGAGAAGAAGAUGAGCGCUCAAGACGGGGGAUCAUGACAACAAAGAAGCAGCUCUGCUCUAGCUGUGUGGAUCGGCCUUCUCUUCAAAGAUUUUUUUUUUGUAAGCUUUUGGGAAGGGUCACACAUAUGGUGUUCUUGCUCCAUUUUUUUUGUGAUGGCUGAUUACAGUAUUUGUAUGUAUGCUUUACGAUUGACCUCAAACUUGAGAUGGUUGAAAUAUGCAAAUCUCAAAGAGGGUUUUGCAAACAUGAAGUUUUAAAA